AUGCAGCGGCAGUUGACCGGAAUGCUCGGAAAGGCGGGAUUCGAGUUGCACAAGUGGUGUUCUAACCGCAGCGAACUAUUGGCCGGCAUACCAGAGGACAAACUGGAGCAGAAAGUGCUUUUCACCGAAGAAGGCAAAACCAAGACCCUCGGGAUUACCUGGCAACCAGAUCUCGACGUCUUCUGUUUCGACAUCCACUCGAUUGCGUUUUCGGAAGGACCUCCAACUAAGCGCAAAGUUCUCUCGGACAUCUCCAAGUUCUUCGAUCCGUGUGGACUAGCAGCUCCAGUGGUCAUGACGGGCAAAAUCUACAUGCAAGACCUGUGGCGAGGAAAGAAGAAGUGGGACGUAGCACUCAAGGAAGAUCUGGCCAAGCUGUGGAUCGAGUACAGGGACGAGUUGUCGGAGAUGAAAACCAUCAGGAUCAGUCGCUGUGUGCUUCCCCUUCGUAGAACGGUCUUUGUCGAGUUGAUUGGGUUCAGCGAUGCGUCGCAAAAGGGCUAUGGGGCAAAUUUGUACGUACGAUCAGUAAACCACGAAGGUCAAACCGCAAUUCGUUUGUUGUGCGCCAAGUCGCACGUCGCACCGCUUAAAGAAAAAAGAGCCUUGAUUCCGCGCUUAGAAAUUUGUGGAUGUGUGAAGCUCGCUCAACUAGUCGACAAAGUAAAACGAUCACUACCAAUCGAAUUCGACCGCAUAACUUGCUACACGGAUUCCAUGAUCGCCUUGAGUUGGAUCAACACCUGUCCAAGCAAACUUGAACCGUUCAUCGCCAACCGAGUUGCUCGGAUUUUGCGAUUGACCAGCAAGAUCGACGGGUUCCACUGCCGGACCGAGGACAAUCCGGCGGAUCUACUCUCGCGUGGGAUCAUGCCUGGAAAACUAGCAACGUGCGGAAAGUGGUGGAAGGGUCCGCCAUUCAUGAUCGACCACAAGAGACCAACCAGUGUGCAGCUCAUCCCUGAAGAUCAACUUCCGGGACUACUCGUCGUCUGCGCCGUGGAAACGGUGGAGAGAUUUUCGCUGUUCGACAACUGCGAGAAGUACUUCACCAUGGUUCGAGCCGUCGCACGGAUCCAGCGCUGGCACCAGAACGCGUGCAAGCGGAGUCCAGAGAAUCGUCGCCACGGUCGUCUGUUCAGCCCGGAGGAGAUGCGUCGAGCCACGCUGGCCCUCGUUCGUCUCGCACAGGAGGAAGCCUUUCCGGAAGUAUUCGCCCAAUUGCGCAAAAAGGUAACCCUCCAGAACCACUCGCUAAUCCCGCUUUCCCCAUUCACAGAUGAACGCGACGUCCCCGGGUCGGAGGACGCCUCUCCAAGUCGUCCUGCUCGUACGACACGAAACACCAGAUGA